CUGAUCCUCUCUGGUCCUAGGAUCCCACUGCAAUGGGAAAGCACUUCCUGCUGCUCCUGCUGGGCCUCUCCUUGCUGGUGGGCUUCCUACAAGCUCUGACAUGUCUCCAGUGUGACUUUUUCAACUCUGAGGGUAUUUGUGAGAAAGAGGAAAGGUCCUGUGAGAUUAAAAGUGGCCAUCAAUGUAUCACAAUGAUAAUCUCUAAAGAUAACCAGAUGCUGUAUGGGGUCCAAGACUGUACUAACACGUGCGUCAAUAGUACCAACACUGUAAAUUCUGUGACAGUGGAAGUUAUAUGUUGCAGUGACCAAUCUUUCUGCAACAGACUUUAGAGGCCAGACCCUGUUCUACUUAGAGCUGUUCACUGAAUCAUGGCCCUGGAGCAUACCAGCAGUCAUUCUACUACUAGACUAUGUCUCAGCCUAUAUCCUGCUUUUACAUAACACAUCUUAGAUGUUGUUCCUAUUUUGCAUGUUUGUAUUCUGUAA